AUGUGCCUGCUGCGGGACCCCACUCUUUUCCCUGUUGUACUUGUGCGUCGUGCGGGUCCGCUGAGCGUAGCGUAUGCAGGACACCAAUGCCCAUAUAAUGUCCCCACUCCUCGAGAUGCAUGCUCGUCCAAAGCAAACCCCUCCGUAGGCAUCCCCUUUGGCAGCAAGCAAUCUUCCUUCAAGAAACACUCUCAUCCACCUCUGCCAACGUCUAAGCCUUCUUCGUCUUUCCCGACUGCGUGCGUCCUCGGAACAUCAUGGCGCUUCCUCCCAAGCUCUACACUUGGCUCUGCGGCUGCUUUGCAGCGCUUGGCUCCAUCCUAUUUGGCUAUGGUGCGUAUCGUUACCCAAUAUGUAUUGCGACACGAGACAUUUCAUGCUGACUUUGGGAUGCCUUUUCCAUCGACCACAGAUCUCGGUGUAAUUGCUGGAGUCAUCGUUGCUCCUGACUUUAAGCGGGUCACCAAGAACCCGAGCAGCGACUACAUUGGCUUCAUUGUCAGUUCGAUGCUGCUCGGUGCCUUCGUUGGCUGCAUCCCCGCGUCGCUCAUUGCCGAUGCCUUUUCGCGACGCUUCGCCAUCAUGGUCGGCGCUCUCAUCUUCAUCCUUGGCGGUGUGCUCCAGACGGCCGCCAUGAACCAGGGCAUGAUGAUGGCCGGCCGUUUCUUCGCGGGAAUCGGCAUUGGCAUGUUGUCGCUUCUGGCGCCUCUGUACCAGUCCGAGAUCGCUCAUCCGUCCAUUCGCGGUCGGCUGACAACGCUGCAGCAAUUCUUCCUUGGAAUUGGCGCUCUAAUCGCCUCGUUCGUCGUGUACGGCACCAACCUGCACCAUCACAACACCGUCUUUGAAUGGCGAUUUCCCCUGGGUCUUCAAAUCGCGCCUGCCGUUCCUCUGGCUUUCCUCAUCAUGCUCUUUCCCGAGUCGCCUCGUUGGCUCAUGGCAAAGGGUCGCGAGGAAGAAGCCUUGCGAUCACUCGCCCGCCUGCACGCGCGUGGCGACACAUCCGACGUCUUUGUUCGAGCAGAGCUCGCCGAGAUCAAGGCCAAGCUCGCCGUCGAGAAGGGAACGGCUAGUGGCUGGUCCGAGAUCUUUGGCAGCACACAAAACAUCCGCAAAGUCGCCAUCGGUGUCAUCCUUCAAUUUUCGGUGCAGAUUACCGGUGUUGCCGCCAUCCAGUACUACGCUCCCGAAAUCUUUGGCGCCUUCGGCUACUCGAACUCGCGGAUCUUCCUGCUGCAGAGCAUCAACUCGAUCAUCGCCCUCCUCGGAGAAGGUGCUUGCGUGCUCUUUGUCGACAAGUUGGGCAGAAGGUGGCCACUUAUUGUCUGCAACGCCGUGGCUGGGUCCUGCUUUGCCAUCGCCACCGCUCUCCAAGCUGUCUUCCCGGCUGACAGCCCUCGCUUCAACUCGCAUGCCGGAGGUGCUUUUAUCGCCAUGAUUUGGAUCUUCAACUUCGCCUUCUCGGCAGGCAUCGGACCUCUGUCCUGGGCCGUUCCUGUUGAGAUUAUGGGAACGUCGAUCAGGGCGAAAGGUACUGCUUUGACGAGCAUCAGUUGCUGGCUUGCCAAUUUCAUGAUCGGACAGGUCACGCCUAAAGCUCUUGAGAGCGUUGGUUGGAAGUACUACAUUCUCUUUGCUGUAGGAGGCUUCACGAAUGCUCUUACAUUCUGGCUCAUCCUUCCAGAGACCAAGGGACGAACUCUCGAGGAGAUGGACGAGUUCUUCGAAAACACGCCUUGGAUCGUCGCUUUCCACAACACAAGCAUUGGAUCGGACAAGAAGCGAGAAGAGGAGCUUCGACGGGGAAUUGUCAGCAUUGCACAGCCCGACUUUGUCGAGACCGGAAGUCACGAUGACAAGCUUGACGGUCUCAAGACCAGCAGUCACGAUCAUGACAUCGAGAAGCACUGA